AGCAUUUAUCGUUAAGAGAAUCGCUUAAUCUCUUCAACUAUCGAUUUCUGAGACUUUGAAGAUAGAAGAUGGUCGAUUUGUUGCAGAACUCAACUAAAAAUAGGCUUCAGACGGCUGUUUGGAGCGUAAAGCUCGGAUUCCUCUUCAUUGGAGUAAUCUCAACCGUUCUGCUACUCAAGCUCGCAGUUCCGUACUCUGUCAAUGCCGUUCUCUCCACUAUUCCACGCCUCUGGAUCUCGUUCCGUAGCUGGUUAGCACCUCCGUAUCUCUACAUCAUCGUCAAUUUCAUCAUUAUCACCAUUGCAGCUUCGUCGAGCUUUCAGCAGAAGCAAAACUCCGAGAAGAAAAGCGAAGAAACUGUCAUGGCAGAGAAUGAGAAUCGAUCGCAGAAGCAAAAACGAAUUGAUUUCGGUGCUGAUUCUUCCUCUUUAGCUUCUGAUCAUCGCAAGAUCUCGACGGAGAUAUGGUCGGAUAUGGAUGAGAUUCCUCAGGAUUCCGUUGGGAAAGCUUUGGUUUCGGUUGGAAAAUCUGUCCAAUCAUCCCCGGAGACUUGUUCUGAUGUCUCUUGCUUGACGUAUUCCGACGAGAAAGCCGAAACAGAUCUCUCUGUUUCCUCUCGUUUUGCCGCCAGAACAUCGUCGGAGACCAGUCAAAGAAUCGGUAAAUCAGUGGCGGCGCCACAGAAGACAGCGAAACCACUGGGCGUGGCCAAACCGAAGAAGCAGAACGAAACGUUCGACGCUACGUGGAAGAUGAUCACCGAUGGGAGAGGAAAGCCAUUGACAAGGCACCUGAAGAAGAGCGAGACAUGGGACGUUCCACCUCGUGUGAUUGUUCCCGACUCGAAUCUGGAAUCGGCACCGGCGGUGACCAAUCGAAAGGAGCUGAGAAAGUCAGAGACCUUCAAUGAUGCUUCGUCUUCAGCUUCGUCUGCGUCAUCGGCAUCAUCGAGAGGUGGUGAUGGUGGACUGAAGAGGGAGAAAUCGCUUAGCCAUGAUGAGUUGAAUCGGCGAGUUGAAGCCUUCAUUAAGAAAUUCAACGAUGAUAUUAGGUUGCAGAGGCAAGAUUCGUAUAAGCGUUACAUGGAUAUGGUCAAUCGUGGAGUCUAUUAAUGAGAGAUAAAUGCUUCAUUAAAUUGGUUCUGUUACAUUUUCUAUUUCUCUCUCUCCCUCAGAGGGAGAUGCUGAUCCACAUUUGCAGGUAAGCUUGUUUGAACGAUUAAUGGUAGAAAUUAUGCCCUUCAAUUUUGAUAAUCUGAUUGGACUAAUGGACUCAUUAGACGAUCUGGGUUCAUGAGAUUUGCUGUUAUUUUGUGUCGUUUGUCCUCAUGUCAAUAAUUUUCUUACAUUACAGGUCCUUCGAUGUUGUCUAAGAGUGGGUGAAGAUGGUGGAAACUACACUUGUGUUUCUGAAUUAGAGAGGUAGGUUGUUCUAAUGGAAAUACACUCCGGUUUUAGUGACUGUGUUUAAUAGAGAACUUGAUUCUGUUUUGGGUUUUUGUAAAGAAAAAAGGAAAUCAGAAAUGAUAGGUUUUUCUAAAGCUACCACGUUUAAAAGUUUAAGUACCCUUUAAAUUUUGCUUAUAGCUAUUAGAUGUAAUGCUAUAACGAAUACUUUGUCAUAUUUGUAAGAUCUAAUGCUUCUGUCUGAUGAAAAUUAUGCUUUCUUCUUCUU